AUGUCCUCUCCCCACCAACAAAACCCCCCCACAUCGCCCACCCUUCACCAAGACCAAGGCUCAAUAUCCUCUAACCACUCCAAUACAUCCGCCCAAUCAAACCAAACUCAACCCAAUCCACCUUCCACCCCUACCCACACAAACAGCACCUCCCCACCCCCCAACACCCCUUCCACAACCAACCCCUGGACCGCCCUCUCGCCAUCCAACAACCCCUGCAUACACUCCCACACCCCAUCCCCACCAACAAAACACAACGAGCAUCCCACAAACACCACGACUCACGACUACGACCCCCUCGAGGGCCCAUCGAAUAGAACAUAUGUGUUUAUUGCCGGUGGAGAUGGGAGGGUGGUCGUGCGGGCUGAUGAGGGUACGUCGGGGGCUGGAGGUAAGGGUCGGGCGGAGUUUAGGAGGAGGAGGAUGAUGGCGAGACUGAGUGUGAGGCGCUAG